CCAUACCAGAGCUCGAUCAAUUUUACCGUCUGAAUUAAAAAUCAAGGCGUCCAGUGUUCCUUUCAGUCUUCGUUAAGACUCUAGACCGAUCAGUGAUACGUUUUUUUUAUUUACGAUACGUGUUCGCAAGGACGGUGCGUGAUUUCCGCGUUUGAUCGAUCGCGAGCUAGUGAAAUUAUUGGUGAGCUAGUGAUCGGUAGAUUGCGGAUUUAAAGACACGAAAAUAUACAGAAUGCUUACAACAUACGAGACUACGUCCACGAAAAUAUAAAUUCUCGUCAGAAUUUUGCAAAUCUGACAAUCAGAAAAUCGACAAACAUUCAAGAAUUCGACAACGAGGAUCGUAUUUUCGUGCUUGAGAGAAAUUUGUUCUUUCGUUGCGACUUGUUUAAAUAGUGAAACGAAGAGAGAUGGCUAACAAGAAAAUGCCCUAUCCUUUGCCCUAUCCUUUCUCCUUGGAAGAGGAACUGAAAAAGAAUCCGGAGGUGAAAAUGUCGGAUAUCGAAAUGCUGAGAGAGUGGUGUGACAAACAGCAACAUCUACCCAAGCCUUCGGACUUGCAUCUCAUCAUGUUCCUUCACAGCAAUUAUUACAGCAUGGAGGCAGCGAAGAACACCGCGGAGAACUUUUUCACUAUCAGAUCUCACAUCCCGGAGUUUUUCGAUAACAGAGAUCCCCUUGGAUCGAAGGAAUUACGGCAGACGUUCAACGUUGUAUUUUGCGCUGAAUUGUCUGGCCUCUCGAAGCAAGGUUGCAAAUUGCUAUUCGGAAAAUUAAUCGACCCCGACCCGUCGCAUUUUUCCUUCGAGGAUUGUAACAAGUACAUUUUCAUGGAGUGUGAUUUGGUUGGUUUGAGAAAUGGCACCUGCGAUGGAUACUUGUUUAUCGCGGACAUGGCUAACGUCUCUUUAGGUCACGUAGGGCGACUAAGUCCAAUGGGGCUGAAGAAACUUGUGAUGUAUAUUCAAGAGGCAAUACCUGUUCGUCUAAAGGGUCUACAUUUUAUUAAUUGUCCGUCGGUGAUGGAUAUCAUCAUGAAUAUGGCGAGGCCAUUUAUGAAAAACGAAUUGUGGAAUAUUGUACACCUGCACUCAUCGACAAAAACACUAGAAGAAUUCUUGUCUGUCGAUCUUUUACCAAACGAAGUUGGAGGGAAAGCCGGAUCGAUAGUUCAAAUGCAAGAGGAGCGAAUAAAAGAAAUCGACAAUAAACGAGAGUGGUUCCUUGAAGAAAUGAAAUGUGGCAAGGUGGACGAGUCACUCCGUAUUGGAAAAAGUAAUAUUGCCAAUGACUUAUUUGGUGUUGAUGGCACUUUCAAGAAGCUCGAUAUAGAUUUCCAUCAUUUGAUUGCACUUCAGUCUCUAUGGAAGUUAGUACUGUCCGAACCGCCGCUCUGUGGUGAUCUUAAGGAAACAAGUUUAUCUCUGUACAACAGUGCUGAAACUUCGCUUUGGUGCACCAUUUUUUGGGCGGAAACAAUCAAAAGAAAGUUCAAAGAAGCGAACUUUUUCUGGAAAUUUUCGAAUUUUUCAAGGAAUUCAGACAUGGCGGUAAAAGGUAUUACGUAUGAGGAAGAGUUGAAGAAGAAUCCAGAUUUGAAAGAGGACGAUAUGCAAAUGUUGAGAGAUUGGUACAAAAAACAGCCACAUCUACCGCCAUUAACAGACGCUGAAUUGGCCUUAUUUUUACACAGUAAUUAUUAUCGAAUGGAACCCACGAAGGCGACUAUCGAUACGUAUUUCACUGUGAGAACUCACGUUCCCGAAUUCUUUUCUAAUAGAGAUCCCCUGGGAUCGAAGGAAUUGAGAAAAUCUUUCCAAACAGUCACAAUUCAAGUUUUGGAGAAGAAGACACCAGAAGGUUACGCGAUUCUUUAUGGAAAAUUGAUCGACCCUGAGCCCUCGAAUUAUGUUUAUAACGAUGGGAUGAAGUUCUUGAGCAUGAUGCUUGACUUGUGGCUUCACAGCGAAGGCACGUCAGAGGGGCACAUAAUUUUAUUCGAUAUGAAGAACGUUGUGUUUGGCCAUUGUGCUCGAUUGAACCCGAUGGGAUUGAAGAAGUAUCUGUUUUAUUUGCAAGAGGCAUUGCCAGUUCGUUUGAAAGGGUUUCAUUUCAUGAACAUUACGAGCGUGAUGGACGUGAUACUGAAUAUGAUGAAACCAUUCAUGAAGAAGGAAUUGUUGGACAUGCUUCACACGCACACGAAUUUGGACACGGUGUCGAAAUUCAUACCGAUAGACAUACUACCGAACGAAACAGGUGGAAAAGCUGGUCCUCUGAUGGAACUGCAUGAAAAGGCGGUUAAGAUGCUCGAGGAAAAUCGCGACUGGUUUCUCGAGGAAGAACGAACGAGGCGCGUUAAUGAAUCUCUGCGGCCAGGUAAAGGAAAAACAGCGACCGAUCUGUUUGGAGUCGAAGGAACUUUCAAGAAGCUCGAAAUUGAUUGAACUUUUAAUAUUGAUUUAAACAAACACUUUGAGGUUCGUGAGGAUCUGAAUUGUAGAAAAUUUAUGAAUAAAUUGAUAUAAAUCUUCUUUUAUUUCUAAUUUUA